UUCCCCAGCAAUCCUCCUGCCAGAGCCGUCUAUAUCUACUCAGGACAUGACAUCUCAUCCUUCAGAGUUUGCCCACCAUGUGAGGAUAACCCUAAGCCGGAGGUGACGUAUGUAUCACAGGAUGUGGUGAUAAAUGAUUGUCCAGUCACCGACAGCUGGAGGAUUCGAGACCUAAAAAUGCAAACUGGACUGAAAUAUGCUCAGCCAAGUACACAAAAAGGACGUACUGAUGUGAACUCAGUGACAAACUGGAAUGCUCCUUUGGUUUGGGAGGGUACCUUUGAUCCAGUGGUCAUCGAUGCAAUAUAUAAGAAAAUGGACCCAAGAGUUGCUGUGGUGGUGUUUGCGGUUGGCAAAUACACCCGUUUCCUGAAGGGUUUCCUGGAGUCGGGUGAAAAGUACUUUCUUGUUGACUUCAGGGUCACUUACUACAUCUUCACAGACCACAAAGAAGAGGUUCCCAAAAUUGAAUUUGGUAAGGGCCGGAAGAUCUCAGUCGUCUCUAUCCCUAGUGCCACCCGCUGGCAGGAUGUAGUACUUGGCAGGAUGAAAUGGGCUACCAUCACCAUUGACAAACAGAUCCGUAAUGAAUCAGAUUAUCUUUUUAUGAUGGACAUUGAUAGUGUCUUCCACAACCGCUUUGGAGCCGAGUCCCUUAGCCAGCUGUCUGCUGUGCUUCACCGUGGCUACUACAAGGACUCAAGGAGUCGGUUUCCAUAUGAGCGUCGGCCCGAGUCCAAGGCUUACAUUCCUGCUGAUGAAGGAGACUACUAUUACACUGCAGCUGUCUGGGGAGGAUACCUGGAGGAGAUGUACAAGCUAGUCAAAUACUGCUACAUACAGUCGGAGGAGGAUGCCAAGAAUAAUAUUGAAGCUGCGUGGCAGGAAGAGAGUCACCUCAACAAGUACCUGCUGUACAACAAACCAACCAAGGUGCUGUCUCCAGAGUACCUGUGGUCAGACUAUGAUAGGGUACCAGAAGACAUCAAAGUCGUCAGGAUCUCCCAGUUGGUCAAGAACUACGCAGAAGUCCGGCCCAAUGGUGGACACUGAUUUCAAAUCAAUAAUAUUCAGGACAUAAAACUACUUACUUGGUAAAAAAGAAAUAAAAUGAUAUAUGACAUGACAUGACAUGACAUGAU